AUACAUCGAUCUCGCGCUCUCAGCAAAUUAACAUCCGCUUCCAGAUCGCAAUGGCUCACGUCCUCGCCGCCGCGGAGCCCCUCACCCUCCUGAAGCGCCCUCCGCCGCCGUUCGGCGACGAGGACAACAACGGCAGCACCGACGAGAAGCCGGCCGUGAAGGCGCGCCGCCGGGAGUCCGACCCGGCGGCGGCGCUGGCCGCGGCGCGGCACGAGUUCGGCGAGCACGGCGGCGUGAACAUGUCCAUCGAGGCGUCGGCGACGUUCACGGUGAUGGAGCCGGACACCAUGCGGCGGCUCUUCGCGGGGGAGCUGGGCCCGGAGCGCGGCGACCUGUACAUCUACAGCCGCCACUUCAACCCGACGGUGCUGGCGCUGGGGCGGCAGAUGGCGGCGCUGGAGGGCACCGAGGCCGCCUACUGCACGGCGUCCGGGAUGUCGGCCAUCUCCUCCGUGCUGAUGCAGCUGGUGGGCGCCGGCGGGCACGUGGUGGCGUCGCGGUGCCUGUACGGCGGCACCCACGCGCUGCUGUCUCGGUUCCUGCCGCGCACGUCGGGGGUGAGCGCCACGUUCGUGGAUGCGGACGACGAGGCCGCCGUGCGCUCGGCGGUGCGGCCAGGGGUGACCAAGGUGGUGUACGUGGAGACCAUGUCCAACCCGACGCUGGCCGUGGCUGACAUCCCCAUGCUGGCGCGGGUGGCGCACGAGGCCGGCGCCAAGCUGGUGGUGGACAACACCUUCACCCCCGUCGUCGUCUCGCCCGCGCGCCUCGGCGCCGACGUCGUCGUCCACAGCGUCUCCAAGUUCAUCAGCGGCGGCGCCGACAUCAUCGCCGGCGCGAUCUGCGGGCCGGCGAGCCUGGUGAACUCGAUGAUGGACCUGCAGGACGGAGCGCUCAUGCUUCUCGGCCCGACGAUGAACGCCAAGGUGGCCGCCGAGCUCGCCGCGCGGCUCCCGCACCUGCCGCUCCGGAUGCAGGAGCACUCACGCCGCGCGGCGGAGUUCGCGGCCGGGAUGCGCCGCCUGGGGCUCCGCGUCACCUACCCGGGCCUCCCCGACCACCCGCACCACGCGCGGCUCCGUGAGCUGGGCAACCCCGGGUACGGCGCCGGCGGGAUGCUGUGCCUGGACAUGGGCACCGAGGAGCGCGCCGGGCGACUCAUGCACCACCUCCAGAACACCACCCAGUUCGGCCUCAUGGCCGUCAGCCUCGGCUACUACGAGACGCUCAUGUCCUGCUCCGGCUCCAGCACCAGCAGCGAGAUGGACCCCGAGGACCGUGCCCGCGCCGGGAUAUCGCCGGGGCUCAUCCGCAUGUCCGUCGGCUACAACGGCACCCUCGAGCAGCGCUGGGCGCAGUUCGAGCGCGCCCUCGCGCUCAUGCAGCAGGAGACCGCCCCCGCUGCCAAGUACUGCAAGGCCGUCUGACGGUCCGACGAGACUGCGAGCCCAGCGCUAGCUGAAUGCUAGCUCGAUCAUGUUGUAUAUACCGGUAGUGUUUUAAGCGACCAUCUGAAUCUGCUCAGAUGGAUGCCAAUGUUGUUAAGCUGCAUGCUUAACUAGUCUUAAUUCGUGCAACGUACUGCGACCUCUUACUGGAAUAAAUUGGCGUGAUUUUCCGCCGAAUAAUGAUUUGUAAAUUCCAUGCA